GAACGUUUUGGGUUAUUAUAUAUAAAUAUAAAACAUGUAGCCAUGAACCAAAGUUUAAAACGUUGUACUUCAUCACUUUCUUCUCCUUUCUAGCUAGGAUUGUUAGUUUGAGUCUUUUUUUUUGUUAUGUAUAAUUCUCCAUAAUGGAGUCCUCUUCUUCUAGUUCUAACCUUGUAGUAUUUACAUCUGAGGACUUGAAAUCGUUGACCAACUGUUUCAACCAGAAGAACUUGAUUGGAGUCACUCAAUUUGGUAAGUUAUAUUGGGGUUGUAUAAAAAAGCCAGGUCUUAUAUGCACUGAAAAUCGAGAUGUGACUGUCAAGAUAUGGGACGAAAAAUCAAAUUGUUUGGCUUCUGAUGAUGAGUAUUUGAUGAUCAAAGAAGAAGUGAAAUUUUUAACCCACUCUAGCAUUCACUGUCAUCCCAACUUGGUCAAAUUGGUUGGAUUUUGCUGUGAAAAAGAAGUGAGAGGUGUAGUCUAUGACCUAAAUCCAAGGGGUACUUUGCAUAAUAUCAUCUUAAAAGAUGAUCUUAGCUGGACUCAAAGGGUUAAUAUUAUUCUCCAACUUGCUGGUGUCCUUGAAUUUUUACAUGCUCAAGACAAGCCAUAUUUGGUUCUGAAUAUUUGUGGAUCACAUAUAAUGCUGGAUUGGGAUUGCAAUCUAAAAUUGUGUGAUUUUGGCCUCAUUAGUGGAGGAAUCAUAGGUGAAAUCAGUGAUUUAAAGAAGCAAAUAACAAUGCCCAUUGGCUAUGUUGAUCCCUUUUUUGCAGCCAAAGGUGGCUAUUGGCAAACCGGGUGCGACGUGUUCUCAUUCGGUGUUAUUCUCUUGGGACUAAUAUCCACAAGAGUAUUGGACCUGGAGAAACUACAAAGGCCCGAACUAAUACCCGAACAUAUGGUACAGAUUUGGGCCAAAAAUGAGUACAGGCCCAAUUGCUCACUAGUCCACAAAAGCCUCAGCGAAGACUGGGGCUACCAUACUGAAGAUGGUUCUACCCUUACAGAGCUGGGAAUGCGCUGCAUUGAAUUUUUCCCCAUGAAACGACCUACAAUGAAGGACGUUAUAGAGCGUCUUAAAGGAUUGAUGGUCAUUCAACGUCUUGGAGAUACGAGGCCUAACAAAAGGGAAAAGAAAUUCCAUACUGAUUUUGAUAUGACAACAUGAAGAAAUGAGCUUUUUCAUUGACAUGCCACGUAGACAUAAUCUUUUUAUUUUAUCUUCUAUUUUAUGUGGAACACAAGCAAUGUAUUAUUAUGUACAUAUGUUAUUGAUAGACAGAACAUGUAUUAUAAACAUUUUUUUAGUUUAGGUAGGUAUUGAGGCUUCCUUAUGCUUCAAUUUUAGUUAUUCAAGAAGAGCAUUGAGAACUGUUCCACCAAAAUAAUGGCAGCUAAAGUGUCUUAAAAGGGUUUUCCAUCUUUAAAUGAGAUAAAAAUUGAAAAUUUAU